AUCAACAAUUUCAGUGCUGUAAAAUACUCUAAAUGUCGGUAGUUGACUGUUCGAGCCAAUAAGUGUUUUUAUAUUUUCGACGAAACAAUAUUUUCAAAUACAAUAAGAAACAUGUUGUCUACUGUGCUUCUACGUGGUGCAGCUCGCGGUAAUGCUGCAGCACUUCUUAAAUCCGUGCGUCUCACGUCCUUGAAUUCCUACUCCACAAUUGUGGCCAACACGCAACGCCAAGCUGUGAGCAAACCUCUAGCUCUAGCUAAACAAAUUUCGCCCAUCGUAGUGCGUAAUAUUUCAGUAAGCACCCCAAGAAUGGCUUCGGCGACAAGCAGUCACACUCGUUUAUGGACUAUUGAACGCAUAGUGUCGGCUGGCCUGUUGGCAGUUAUUCCAGCAGCGUUCAUAGCUCCUUCGCAAGUCUUGGACGCUCUUUUGGCUAUAUCUGUAGUUAUUCACACCCAUUGGGGUGUUGAGGCUAUGGUGGUGGAUUACAUGCGUCCAUCAGUUGUUGGUAAUAUUCUACCGAAAGUUUCUCACAUUGCUCUUAUUAUAAUGUCAGUUGCCACGUUGGGAGGCCUCUUUUAUUAUAUCAAGAACGAUGUCGGUCUGGCCAAUGGAAUUAAACGCUUCUGGGCUAUCAAGGGCAAGGACUCCAACCAGUAAAUGGAUAGCCCACUUGCUUAUUGUGUAUACCCACUCGACGUUUGGGUCUUAGUCAUUAGCAGUAAAUAAAAGUAACUUGAAACAAAAAG